UUUGCUUCAGUUUGCAGCUGUAGCUUUGCUUUGCCUUUCCGGUAUGACAGCCUCACAGCGCGUACCAAUAAAGGAUAAGAGACAAGUUUCCACUGUCACUGAUCAGCAGGACAAUGAUCCUGCUGCAACAGGAUUCAACGAAGCAAUCCACGCAGGAAGCAAACAUUUUCAAUACAUUCACGUUCCACAAAAAGACCAUUACGAACACGGGCACAAAAGAGGCAAUGAACAUCAUUUUAUCGAGAGGCAUGAAAAGGCCCAUCCACAUGCUGGAGAAUUUAAAACCAAAGUGAGGUGGGGCGACAAACAUGGAGGCUACGGCGAGCACUAUUAUGACUAUAAUCAUGCAGGUCACGGUCAUGAUGGUGAGGGGGACGAAAGUCAGCAAAACGAAGAGUAUGCCGCGUAUGAAGAGGAAAGUCAACAUGUUCCUGUGGUAGUUGAGCAAAACCAAAGACAAAAAAGAGCAAAGGAGGAUGUGGAAUUUAUAAAUGAAGAAGCCAAGAACUUGUACUUGGAAGGUAACAUCCAAAAACACGGUGGGAACUACAGAAGAGCCGGAAAAGAGUACAGGGGAAAGAGGGAGAGGAAUCCAGAGGCAGUUUUUCUGUAUAAUCCAGAAAAUGGAAAAUACUACAAAAAGAAUGCCAAGCCAGAAGCCGAGUUUGCGGAAUUCGAUAAAUUUUUUUAAAUUGUAUUAUGAUU